CGCGGCGCCCCGGGAAGGCGGGCGGCGCGCUCGAGCGCGGGCGCCCGCGCCCAUGGCGGCGGCGGCGCUCGCUCGCCACAGGCCGCAGGCGGCCGCCGAGGGCUCCGCGGCUGCCGCGCGUGGCGAGGACGACGCCUCAGACGCUGCCUCCGAAGAGCUCCGUGACAGCUUGCUGCGCAGCAGGCUGGAGCUGGACGCCGCAUGGCACGCGCUGUGCGGGUGGCGGGAGCACAACUCCAUCCCGGGCCCGUGCUGCUCGCGGAGCUGUCCGUGGUGCGCGCGCUCAUGCCCCAGGAGCCGCCGGCGUGCGCCCCCGCGGUCACGCGCGGGGCGCCGCGGCAGGGCGCCGCCGCCCGCCCGGCCCACAGCAGCAGCACCAGCCAGCCUCGCUGGGCUCCCGGCUGGAGAUGCCCCCUGCGGGGCAGGGCGCGCUGGGCUUCGCGGAGCUGUCGAGCCAGCUGUGCGACGUGCAGAACCACCUCGGCGGCGUCCUGGAGGAACUGCGGCGCGAGAAAGAGGAGGGUCGGGCUCUCGCCGCCGCCCUGGACACGGGCCACCUGCUGCUACUGUCCGGGGGCGCCGACGGGUCAAGGUCCUCAGGCUUCCGUCCGAUGUUGUCAAGGUGGAUUGCAUGCUGCUGGAGGUGAGUGGAUCGCAGGUGCCAUGCUGCGUGCUAUCCUGUCUGCUCGAGGCUGGUUAGACUGGCAUUCGCAGCGUUGCGCUCUGGGGCGGCCUCAUUUUCCAUGGAGCUGCGACCAUUCCAGGGAGCACAGCCCGAUUCAUGCAGUCCCUACUGAACUGCAACUCCGCCUCGGAGGAUCAGUUACCUCCAACAUUCGUGCCAGCAGUGCAUGAGACGAAAGUAGGUGCGGGCAGGCCACCUGCAAUCGUGGCCAGUCAAUCGCUGCUUCGCGUGUACCAUGUAGGUCGACUCCCUUGUGGUCCGCCCUUUGACCCCCUCGUUCGUCUCUCCCCAUCCCUCUUCGCGCUCUCCUCGCGCCUUCUUCUGCUCCCCAUGUUCCAUUCCUGCCUGCUUCCCUGCCCCCCCUCUUCUGUCGAGCACUCCUGGUGCCGGCUGUUCUUUGCCAGGCCGUUGAAUUCACUGAGCUUCCAGCGUGGCUGCGAGGCCCGUCAUUAUUUUGAGAUCUUUGGCCCCCUCGGGCACGGAGAGUCAGGAUGCGCCUCACUCUUGUGCCUGCUUGGACUAGCCACUGGCACUGGGUAAGUCUUCGCUCCGCACAGGGUUGCCCGGUGUGCGCUGUGCCUCGCUUGGUGCCAUGGGAAUUGCUUGUGUGGAAUAUCGCUGGCCGCUUGGGCCUUGGGGGAUAUGCGCACGCAGCGUGCUAAUUCUGCUGCCUCUCCUCCUCCCUCGUUCCUCCCUCCUGUUUAUCCCCCUCCCUCCCACGUGCUAUUCUGUGUGAUGUUAGUUUAGCAGUUGUUCAGGCCAGUUGGGUUUGUCCACACAUGCACCGUGCUAUAUGAUAGGAAUUGGGGGCAUUUUCGUGUAAGCCCUCCCCUCCUCCCUCUCUUCUUCAUCCUCCUCGUCUUCCUCCUCCUCCUCCUCCUCCUCCCCCUUCUCCCCUUCCGCCUCUCCUCGUCUUCGUUUCACGGUAGCCUGCGCAUCAUUUGGGGAAGCAGGUUAUCGGCUACGCAGCCGCGACAGAUGGGGAUAACUCGACCAGCAGGUCCCAGGCCACGCCAGCUUGGAGAGGGAUCGGUUAAACGAUGCUCAGUUUACCUCCUCCUGCUUCUCCUCGAGCCGACUGUCAGGGAGCGCGUUGUCGACGCGCGUCCCGCGGGCUCGGAGGAGCAAUGCUUUAUGGUGUAAAGUACCGCGAGGGUCGUUCCGAGUUUCAUGAUGCAGAUUUCGGUUGGCUCUGCAGCUGAGGGCGGAUGCAGAGCAGGUCCUGCUUGGUGGAGUCCUGCUCCCAUCAGUAGGGGAGCCGGCAGUGUUCAUCUUUCUCGGAGUCUAAGAGAAAAAAAUACCCUGUGACGUACCCGACC